AUGGCUGUAAAUGUCACCGACCGUGGCUCCAUGGGAUGCGCUUACUAUGUGGCUCGAGAGGAGAAGCUGUGCAUGAUGGAGGACAUUCAGCUGGGCGGAGCUGACAUGGUCGAUGCACUCAAGCUCUUCAUCGAACCCACUGUGGUGCUCACUUCGAUCAAAUGCAAUGAUGAAGUGAUCGACCGUCUCGACCCCGAGGGCAGAAACAACAGUACACCCGUCGAAGGCAGGAGCGAUCAGACGAGACUCCCAUAUCUGCUGGAAUGUCGACCUCCCGCAGAUUUUGGUUAUCAGGCAGCACAAGAUAAGCUUGUCGAACUACGCAUCGGCCAGCGAGACGGUCCCGCUGUUUCCUACGUUGUACCUGGCGACGUUCUAGCUCGGGACGAUGAGGGUGCGGCCGAUGAUGCCGGCCAUAGUGGUCAACAAGCUCAACUGCUUCGUCUUGCUGGCUGGAUUAACUUGGACAGUAGGAUGAGCGUGGGUUGCGUGGGUGCGCUUCUCUCCUACUUGCAACGCCGACGUUCCACCAGGUUUCUGCCACUUGAUCCCAACGCAGGCUCCAUGUUUCGAGUCAGCUCGAUUGAGAUGUUCAGCAUGUCGGGGACCAUGUUCAUCAACGCGGACACCUUGGCAUCUCUGCAAAUAACCUCCACAGAGUCACAUCCAAACGCACAGCAGCAUGGCCCAACAAGCAAGAACGCCUCCGGAGGCUCGAAAGAAGGCUUCUCGGUCUAUGGGCUCUUUCAUCAUCUGGCUACUACGUUACAAGGUAGGCUGCUGUUGCGGCAGUACUUCCUUCGACCAAGCCUCAAUCUUGAGACGAUCACCGAGCGGCACGAUGCAAUAUCUGUAUUACUGGCGCCCAACAAUGCUGCGACUCUGGACUCUCUCAUCAAGGAUCUGAAAGGGGUCAAGCAUAUGCGAGCUGUCACGACCAAUCUACGCAAAGGUGUCAGAGGUGGUUUUGGCGCUCAGAAAAGCAUCUCUGCGUCUGUCUGGGAAGCUCUGCGCACCUUCGCCUAUUGUGCGCUGACUAUCACAGACGACCUAGCCACAUUGAAUGGUGGAGAAGCAUUGGCCAUUUGUGCGAGGAUUUCGGAAAAGUUCGACAAGCCUCGACUGGCUGCCAUCGGACAAGCGAUCAGUGAUACCAUCGACUUCGACGAAUCCAGGUUGAAACGCAAAACCGUCGUCCAGCAAGGCAUCGACGCGGAACUUGACGAGAUUCGCCGCACCUACGAUGGCAUUGAUGACCUACUAUCGCGAGCUGCAGAACACAUUGCAUUACGCGUACCCGCAAAUCUCGUCGAUCAGCUCAACGUCGUCUAUUUUCCUCAGAUCGGAUUCUUGAUCUCCGUGAUGAAGGACGUGGAAGAUGCUCCUCCAGCGCAUGCUGGUCCACCCAACGAUCCAUGGGAGAAGAUGUUCGGCAGUCCGACGCAUGCAUAUUACAAGAAUGCCAACACGGCAGAGCUGGAUGACCAGUUCGGUGAUCUCUAUGGACGCAUCCUAGACUAUGAGAUUGAGAUAACGCAGGGUUUGGCUCAUCGUGUGCUCGAGCACGAAGCGUUAAUCAACACGGCGUCGGAUCUAUGCGGUGAGCUUGACAGCCUGAUUGCCCUCGCUCGUGGUGCGAAGGACUACAGGCUUGUUCGACCACGAAUGAGCAGAGACAACGACAUCAAGAUCAAGAACGGGCGUCACAUCCUACAGGAAUUGACUGUCGAUGCAUUUGUUCCGAACGACACUCGUUUGUUUGGAGGAUUAGGAGAAGAAGAUGCCUUGCACCACACAAGCGAAUCUGCUGCCACGCCAAACGGUCCUGGAGAGCGAGAAGGACCAAGUAUGGUGCUACUGACUGGACCAAACUACUCGGGCAAAAGCGUCUACUUGAAACAAGUCGCCAUCAUCGUCUUCAUGGCCCACAUCGGCAGCUUCGUGCCCGCAGAAUCGGCAAGAAUCGGCCUGACGGACAAGAUUAUGACCCGGAUCGCAACUCGAGAGAGCGUGUCUCGAAUGCAAAGUGCGUUUAUGACCGAUCUUCAGCAGGCUUCUAUGGCUCUCAAUCUAGCGACACGACGCAGUCUGAUCAUCAUCGACGAGUUUGGCAAGGGCACGGAAUCUUACGACGGCGCUGGGCUGGCCGCUGCAGUGUUCGAGCAUCUGCUGGCUCGGGGUCCUGAGUGCCCCAAAGUUCUUGGUGCAACGCAUUUCCACGAGAUCUUCGAAUCCGGAUUCCUCCCACCGUCUCCAUCGCUGGGUUUCGCUCAUAUGGAGGUGAGGGUUGACACGGCUGCUUCCGAGGUCGACAACCAGAUUACCUACCUCUACGUGUACCGCGAAGGACGCAGCAUGUCUAGCUUUGGGACUUGCUGUGCGGCAUUGAAUGGUAUCGACAAGUCGGUCGUACAGAGAGCAGAAGAACUGAUUCUGUACGCUGCUCAAGGACAGGACUUGGUGGAGCUCUGUUCGGAGUUGCCAGCAGGAGAGUUGGCAGAGUUGGAAGAAGCGGAGACCAUUGCUCGACAGUUUCUGGCGAUUGAUGAGUUCGAUGAUCCAAGACGUCUGCUCGAGGACCUGGUGGGACCUUCCUCGAAGUCGACAACCGCAGGAGAAUAA